AUGAACUCGCCAAUUCCUCCCGCGACCCGUGCAUCGCCGGGCUCAGAUAGAUAUGGUUCUGGAUCAAGCAUUUCGUCGUCGUCGUCUUCGUCUUCUUCUUCUUCUUCUUCAUCUACAUCUACAUUAACACCUUUACAAACUUCACAACAGAAUUCACUUGCCACUUUAACUUCACGCGUUCAAGGAACCACUACUACUCCUAAUAAAAUGUCUAUUUCUGGUUCUUCUUCUUCUUCUAAUUCUAAUUCUUCACUUAAUGGUUCUUUCCAAACAACUUCUGCAAUGGCUUUGGGGCCUUCAGCAUCUUUGUCAGUAACUGCACCGAUGGGAUUCAAUCCUGGAUUAUCCCAACAGCAUAAUCUUCAUCUUCAACUUAACCUUCAGCAUCAACAGCAUCAACAGCAUCAACAACAGCAUCAUCAACAACAACAACAACAACAACAACAACAACAACAACUAGGCAACUCUUCUUCGGGCCAACAACCUUCAAUUAGAUUAGUUUCAUCUCUUUCAUCUUCCUCUUCUUCUUCUUCAAACUCUUCAAAUUCUUCAAUGUCCUCUGCAUCAAAUACUACCUCAUCCUCAUCCUCAUCAUCCUCAUCUUCUUCAUCUUCUCCUCUCUCUUAUGAAAGUACAAGCACCUUUUCGGGUCUUACCUUACCCUCGGGUCAACCCUCUUCUUCAACCAUAACCCCUUCAGUUCAUCCAACUCAUCGUCAUUCCAUUGCCUUUGCAAGUACUCUGAAUCCUUCAAAGCCAUCUUCAUCUUCUUCUUCAUCAUCCUCUACUUCUUCUUCAUCGUCAUCAUCAUCCUCUACUUCAUCUUCUUCUUCUUCUUCUUCUUCUUCAUCCUCUUCUUCUUCUUCUUCUUCUUCUUUCGGUCCUCCCUCUUUUCACACUCGUAACCAUUCUCUCUCCUCGGCUUACCCAACUUCUCCUCCACUCCCACCAUCCUUGGCUUUUCAACAACAGUUUGGUGCCCUCCACGGCUGGCCACAGAAUAUUACAGGUGGUAGUAACACUGGUGGUAGUAAUAAUAAUAAUAACAAUAUUAACAAUACUGGUCCAAACAACUCAACUGGCUCUUCAGAUCUUUUGUUUUCGGAAUUUCCUCGGAUUUCAAUAGCCUCACCCCCUCCCUCUCAAUCAUCAUCAUCAUCAUCAUCAUCAUCAUCAUCGUCAUCAUCAUCAUCUGCUUCUGCUUCUACCUCUUCUUCAUCAGUAUCGUCAUCUUCUCACUACCAUGGCCACUCAAAAUCCCUCUCUUUUUCUCUCUAUUCUCCAAGCCACAGCAAUAACUCUUCUAAUAAUAACCUUCUAGACAGAUCUCCCAUCUCAGUUCUUAACAGUACAAGUGACAGUCUUACAGCUACACCAACGAGUUCUGCAAUCACUCCGCCACCUGGAUUACCCUCACAUUCUACUUCAUCUGCCGCUGCUACUGACCAGCAUACUUCCUCUUCUUUGACAGGCCCCUCACAAUCUUCUUCUUCAAAGCCUGGCUCACUCAUGCAAUUAAACUCACCUCCUACAAUUAUUGGAUUUGCAAACAAUUUAAGCUCGCCAGCAUCUUUUCAGGGUCCCGUCACUCCAUCUGCACCAGGAACAGGCGCAACUUCUUACUUUGGUGACGCAAUUCAUGCCCCUGCAACAGACCCAGGAUUGUCAAUGACCUCUUCUUCUACUCCUGGCAUUUUAUCCUCUUCUUCUUCAGUUGUUUCUCAAGGUCCUCCUCCAUCUCUUCUUUCAGGGCAUGUACUCUUUUCAAAUAAUAAUAGCAACAACAACAACAACAACAACCUACCCCUGUACCCGCACCACAUCACUUUUGACCAUCAAGCCACACAAAAUCUUAGCUCUCCUAGCACCUCGGCGGUUGGCUCCCAAACCGGCUCUCACAGCAGACGACAUUCCAUGUUUUUGCAUCCUGAUCCUAUUGAAGAGCUCGAACUUGAAGAUUCUACAGUGCCUAUUCAUCAGCAACAAUUUCAACAAAUACUACAGCAACAGCAGCAGCAGCAACAGCAGCAGCAACAGCUUCAACCACCCCCUUUUUUGCAUAAGUUCUACUCUAAAUCUGGUGUUGUUACUAAUAAUAUUAGUGGCCCAUCGCCACCACAAUACCUCCAAAACAGUAUCAAUAACAAUAGCAACCCUACAUCUUUGUCAUCAGAAUAUAUUAACGACUUGGUACCAUCCUUUGACAAUUUAAGUCUCCAACAACAGUCUCAGCAACAGCAUCAGCAACAGCAUCAGCCACAGCAUCAGCAAAAGCAACAACCUUUUGGUGUGUUCCAGACUCAUCGCAAACGUCAGUCUUUUGGGGGGUUUGCUUCUUCCACUUCACUUUCCUCUGCAUCCUUUUCCAAUGUUCCAUCUGCAUCUUCCUAUAUUUCUUCCUCAUCAUCUGCUUCCUCCUCCUCCUCAUCUCUCCAGGACUAUGUCGACGUUGCACGCAAUAACCACCAUCGCCACUCACACUCGUUGUCUAUCCCGUUUCAGCCACAGGCUUCUUCUCGCUCGGCUGGUGGUGCCCCCUCGUUGGCGUCUACCACUACAACCAACAACAACAACAACAACAUACCUAAUGCAUCCACUUCUAGCAAUAGUAAUACCCCCGGGAACGGCGGCGUUCGCACUCACCGGCCUUCACACAGCAUGAGUCUCCUUGCAGGACCUACAGACGUUUUUGGUAAUCUCAAUGUCCAUACAAAUACCAAUAGUAACAAUAAUAACAAUAACAUCAUCUCCAUUGAUUCGCGUGUCUUUGGAGAACCCUCUAUGGGCUCUCAGUCACAUCUACAACGAGCACAUUCUAUUAGUGGACCUAAUUAUGGGAUUAUGGAUUCACAAUUUGCAUUCCAACAGCAGCAGCAGCAGCAGCAGCAGCAGCAGUUUAAGUUACAACAACAACAACAACAACAACACUCGGCACAGCCGCAUGUCUUGGCUCAACCCCCUCUUCCGCCCCAUGCUUUUCUCAAGCGAAGCAACACGACAGUCGGGCCAAUCACCACCAACAUGUCGGGAUUCCCCGUUCCCUUUGAAGACCCAUCUUCUUCCUAUGCCUUGAAUGCUUCUGUUUAUAACAAUAGCAGUAGCAGCAAUAUGCUAACGCCGGUCCCGCAAAUGCCUUUGGAAUCUCCUGGUGGGUCCUCUUCUAAUAUGACUACUCCAACAUCCUCGGUAACAGUCCCUGCUAAACCCCCGACUCCCUCCGAACUUUGUUUCCCUCAAAGGGAAGCCCUCUAUGAACAGAUUCCCGGUGGUGUUGUUCCCAUGCCUACAUCUUCUUCCUCAUCGUCAUCGCUUCUUAUGCCAUUGCCUCUCGACAACAAUUCUUCACUUUCUCGAAGUAUUUCAUUCAAAGAUCCCAAACAAUCUCCUACUCAAACAGCUAAUCUUCGCCGCAAUUACUCUGUCAAUAAUCGUCGUCACAGCCAGCAUGGCCCCACCAUUAAUAACAUUUCUUUAACUACAGGCGAAACCAUGAACCGGUACGCGGACGCCAAGAUUGAACAUUUUGAAGGUGACAUUUACUCGUUGUGCAAAGAUCAACAUGGGUGCCGGUUUUUGCAAAAGACUUUGGAUGAGGCUGCAGCUGGUAGUGUUGAUUCUCUGUUGGAUGUGCAUUCACGUGCGGUUCACGCAGCGCACUUGGAGCUCAUUUUCCGUGAGACAGCCCCUCACAUGAGUGAACUCAUGACGGAUCCGUUUGGCAACUAUUUGUGCCAAAAACUACUGAAGCAUACGACUCCGGAACAGCGUACGGUGCUUGUCAAAAAUGUUGCACCAAAUCUUGUUGAGAUUGCGUUGGAUACGCAUGGCACGCGCGCGUUACAAACCAUGAUUGAGUAUUGCGCAGCUGAUGCUACUGCGACUUCGGAGAAUGCCAGCACACAAGCGGAAAUAGAGGCACGGAUACAAGUUUCUUUGAUUACAGACGCGUUGCGCGAUAAUGUGGUGCGAUUAAUCCAAGAUAUUAAUGGUAACCACGUUGUGCAAAAGUGUUUAAACAAUCUUGUGCAACCCCAAGACACUCAGUUUAUCAUUGAUGCGGUGAGUGCCAAUUGCGUGAUUGUUGGUAAACACAAGCAUGGAUGCUGUGUACUUCAGCGGUGCAUUGACUUUGCUUCAGAUGAGCAACGUCAACAGCUUGUUGCAGAGAUUAUUGCGCAUGCCCAUGAGCUUGUUCGAGACCAGUAUGGAAACUACGUUGUACAGUAUGUACUUGACUUGAACCAGCCCCAGUACAGUGAGCCACUUGUGCGAAUGUUUUUCGGGUCUCUUGCAGCCUUAUCUCAACAAAAGUACUCGUCAAAUGUGAUUGAAAAGUGUUUACGAUAUGCGGCGCCUGUGACUCGGCAAAUGUUGAUUGAAGAGCUUGUCCAGUCAAAGGAUUUAGAGGUUAUGUUGCGAGACAUUUACGCCAACUAUGUGAUUCAAACGGCACUUGAUUAUGCAGAUGAGGCCAUGAAGCGCAAGAUUGCAGUGUGCUUGAUUCCCAUUUUACCGUCGAUUCGGAUGACGCCAUAUGGGCGCAAGAUUCAAACCAAGCUUCAGCAAGUAAUUGGGAGUCUUCAAGCUGAUGAUGAUUAUGAGCAGCACCAUCGGUUGAGACGGAUUAAUAGUGGCAAUGGCAGUGGUGGUAGCGGUGGAAGCAGUAUUGAUGGCAGUGCCAAUAGCAGCAGUACUAAUCUUUCUCGGUCUGGAUCUCAGCUAGGAUAUCAACGAGGGAAUCUUGGGAAUACGAAUAUCAAUAACAACAAUAGUGGGAGCGGUAUUAAUAAUAUUGUUGGAAACAAUGGUGGUAGCAAUAUUAUCAUCAUGAAUAAUGGUAAUAAUAAUAAUAAUAAUAAUAAUAAUAAUAAUAAUCCGACAGGAUUCAAUGGUCGGAGAUCCAUGUUUACGCAGCUGCAACAGCAACAGCAACAGCAGCAGCAGCAACAACAACAGGGCUCUUAUUUUGAACAAUAUGCACCAGCACCAGGUCCUAUGAUGAUGUAUUCAACUGGACCUGGAGUAGGAGGGCCAGGACCAGGACCAGGACCAGUACCAACUGGGCUCCAGUAUGGUAAUAGCAAUUCCAUUGCUGGGGCUGGAGUACCUGGGCUGCCAACAGGGCCUGCGUUAUUAACACAGUAUCAUCACGGGUAUGCUCACCAAGGACAGGUUCCAAUGGCGUAUACGAAGCAUCAACAGCAGCAUCCCCAUCAUCAUCAUCAUCAUUAUCAACAACAACAACAACAACAACAACAACAACAACAACAACAACAACAACAACAACAACAACAACAACAACAACAACAACAAUAA